UCUCUCUUUUUUCGUAGUUCCUUUAUAUCUGGUAUUCGUUCGAUUCGUUUCGAGCUGUCGUUACACCAAUCAUCAGAAUGAUUGUAGCAUUCGAUGUAAGAUGUACUAUUAUUAUUCGAAUUAUUAUUGUUUUUACAUCUUCGUCUUGGUUGCCCGGCGCUGGCCAUCUGUUUCCAGGUUUCCCGCCAUCAACCAUUCUUAACUAUAGUGAAUUUCGUGAAAAAUUUUGUGUACUUUUUCUCUUUUUCGUUUACAUCGUGUGCAUGUGUAAAAGUGGCCCCAUGUUAAGUUGGUCGUUGUCGUUUGUUUCAAGUAUCACGAAUAAAUUUUUUUUUUUUGUUGUGUAUAUAUGUUUGGAACAUUUAUGUUGGCAAAAUAAAGUGAUCGAAUAUAUCGAAGAAUCAUUCGAUCAACAUCAUCCAUUUUCAGUCGGGAAAUUGAAAAAAAAACCUGGAAAUUGAAAAGCAAUAACAAAAAAAAAAAUCAUCAUUUUACGAUUUCUAUGAUGAUGAUGAUCAUCAUCAUCGUCGUUAAAAGUUUUUGUCUCUAAGAAAUGGAUC